AUGUCAUCAGCCACCAUCCAACCCUACCUGGUCGAAUUCCUUCGUAACCCUACCACCCCCUUUCAAGCUGCGGUGGACGCUUUGGAAGAAUGGAUUCUGCAGCGCAGAUCUAAAGGUGCGACCCUGUUCGAAGUAUCUGUAGGGAUAGCAGAGCUUGAAGCCAAGAAGACUCCGCCAUAUGUUUGCCGCGCGUUUGAUCGCGCUCGAUACGUCACCAACGUGCCGCAAGCUUCAGAUUUGACCCCUCCUACUGGUCCAUUCCCACUCGCCAGAUCUCAAUCUGUCCAAACCAUCCUCCACCAUCUCUUGUCGAAACCUACCCCGACCUUGCAGCAUUCUCGCGAGGUUAUUCUCGAAUUCGUGCUCCCCAAGGAGACCAAACUGAGAGACAAGAAGCCAGGUCGAGGUGGCAAAGGGACGUUGGGCAGAGAAGGUUUCGAGGAGAUAUCCAAGCGACUGACAGAAGUCGAAGAUGGAUUACGGGGUUUGUCCGCUGCCAGUCCCAGGCGAGCUGCCUUUGCACGACUGGAUGGAUCGACCGAGGCCGAUAAUACCUCUCCAUCAGACCUCGAUGAAGCGAGAACUAUGGGUCUGACUUUGAUCCUAUCUUUGCGACUCAGCCUUUCCUACUUUACACUUCAAGAUCUCGCCACUCAAUUGCUCUUACUGGCGACAUCAGAUGCCGAGAGAGCCCUGGUGCAGCACAUACGGCGACGAGUACAGGGCGAAGGGAGAUUUGGAGUUGGGAAAGAGCUAGACUUUUUGGAGAGCUUGACGAUUCCGCAACGUCCCUCCCUGGGACCAGUCUUCAGAUCAGCCAAGGCGCGCACCCAUCUCCCAGCGGUCAUUCGAUACCCGGUCGCUCUGCCUGCGCCUUCCAAAUCGGCUUGCAUCAAGCAGCUUUCGGCGUUCAGCAAAGAUGUUGAGGGUGGGUUCUUGUCAAAUGCCGCUACAGCCUCGUCGCCCUUUGGUUCGCCCACAACGGAUCCCCGCCUUCGUCCGAACACCCAUAGCCCUGCAUCCCGGGCACCAUCUCUGAGUCCGAAGACUCCUUUGUCAGCUGUCCCCGCUACGCCGCCUCCCUGGAUGCAGAACUCGCCUAUCAAGCCUCCUCACCCGGAUCCCGAACCAAUGAAGCAUUAUGCCUUGGAGCUGGUCUCGGAAUACCUGACUCGAGAAAAACGAGAAUAUAUGCUGAGAUCCAAAUGGGCAAAGUCGGGCCGGGAUCAGUUGGGCAAGGAUCUGGGAGACAUCGAAUCUGCCCUUUGCAUGUGCUCGAAAACGGCUACCACUCCCCAAGCGCCCAUCCUCAUGCCGGUCUUCCUGCAGCUUCGACGCACGUUCACCCUUCCACCAUCUCCGCUCCCGUCUAGCAUCGUCGAGCCCUUUCUGGAUCUUUUGCCGGCGCCACCAGAUCCGGAUGAAGAGCCCUUCAGGGAGCCUACUGUCCAGACGACCACGGUUGCUCUGUAUCAAAACCCUAGAUUGGAGGAUGAUGCGGCUAUCCAGGUGCUGGAGGAAUUCCUUGACAGCGAAAAGGAGAUGGUGGAAGCGGCCGGUGCAAACGAGUCACAGCGGGUUGAAUGGUGCGUCAAGCAGAUUGAAAACGUCAAGAAGAGGUUUCCCGAUGGGUCCUAUGAUAUGGUGUUUGAAGCUAUGAUUGAGCGCAUGACCAACCCUCAAAUCAAGGCGACCUCUUCUCAGUCUGACCUCCAAACGCAAUCAUUGCUUUCAGUCUCGGCUGCUCAUCGCCGGACUCGAUCUGGAUCUUUGUUGCCUCCAUCUGCCGAGACUGGGACGUCAUCCACCGAGCACACGCCGACGCCGACCUCGGGCGCUCGGGUCAGUCAUUCUCGAUCUCUGAGCAUGCCGAUGCGUAAGAGCACAUACAUGCAGAGGAAGGACUCCAGCUCAAGCAGCGAUGGAAGUUCCGAAGAGGCGGGGGUGCCUGCUAUGCCGAACAAGGUCUUAGUGGCCAAGCGUCAAGCUCCGGAACCGAUAAUCACCUCGUUGGAUCCAGCCGACACGGCGCAAGGCAAUCUUGCUUCAAAUGCUGGACUUGCCAUCAACAUGUCCAAUCCGAAACAUUUAUCCAAUGGCAGUGGCAUCCAUCUCAGCUCUGCCAGCGGGGCAGGUACCUCUCGACACAAUAGUCUGGAUCGUCCGCAUAGCGGCGGAGGAUGGUGGGACGUGGUUUCGGCAGUAUCGCCACAGAAUAUGGCUCCCUGGCAUGAAAAUCCACGCUCGACGACGGUCCGGCGCAUGUCACGGACGAGCUCAGACAUGCCUACAAGUCCCACGUUUGGGCAGAAUUUGACCCUGCCGCCUGGCGCCGAGCCACCUGCUGUGCAGGAUUUGUCCAUGUCUUAUGCGGACCUUAUUGAUUUAGGUAAUCUCUCCAGACCCUCCAGCGGUUCUUCGCCCAUGCGUGCCGAGGGGUCCAUACAGCAAUCGACGAUUCGAUUGGUCGAUUCCUCGAGCCCCUCACGACCCAGUCUAUCGACCUCACCAAAGUCGCCCGCGGACUCGCCGAAUCGUAUGCGCCUACCGUUCGCAUCGUCACCCCAACGCACCGGGACAUCUCCAAGCCGUAUCCAAGGAUUUUUCAAACCGAACCAUAGUCGCAACUCGAGUCGAAGUCGAUUCACCCAGAGUGUCGAUGUGGAGGAAUUGGAUGACGAGCAGGAUGACGAGCGAAAGGAAAGCUUCGCUGCGGGUCUGAUCAACUUUAGCAGACCUACGUUGAGGAACGAAUCGUCGUCCGAAUCCAAAGCUUCGUCGCCAUCGGUACAUCAAUCUUUGGGGGUUCCGAAUGGGGAUGUAGGAGAUCCGGGCCAGAAGCAAGAGUUUUUGGGAACGCCUGAUAUGACGCCAGGACCAGUGGCCAACUAUGCGACUCCGACUUUUGCGAGACAGGAUCACACCACCCCCGGCCACAGUCCAAGUCGACGGACGCCCACUGCAUCGACUACCACACCGUCUGCAGAUACGCCCUCGAGCGCGGGCUCGACUCCAACCGGCGGCUUAAUGCCGGGGAACAAGCCCAAGCUGUUUGCGCGGAGCAUGACUUUGACAUUAGCGACUAGGGGCUUAAAGAAUCGUGAUAGGAACAAGGAGAAUGAGCGGGAUGAUCCAUCAGCAUCUCGGACCAGUCUCGGAAUGAUGACGGGAACGAGCAGCCGUAAGGAGAAGAUCUCAAACAAGCCAAAGAAUUGGAAUCGAGACAUGGUGGCUGAUAUCAUGGGACCGCCAGCUGAGCGUCGGUGA